AUGACGGAAAGAUUAGAAGACAGCUUUGAAAGAUGUUGUCGCCUGUGUGCGGAAGAACAAGACGUUACAAUAAUGAUAUUUAGUAAAGAAGCCGAUGCAAUGCUUUUACAAAACAAGCUCAAUAGAUACUUAUUAAUUGAGGUGGAUGAAGACGACAAGUUACCAAAAAAUAUUUGUAUCCAAUGUUGUACCAAGUUACAAUCAGUAUGUGACUUCAUAGACACGGCACGAAAAGCUCAAGAAGUUCUUCUUCAACGAAGUUUUAUGAUAGACCAGAUUGCUCCUACAAAAUGUAUGAUUUCUUUAGUCAAAACAGAGCAAAAGUUUGAAUCUGCAGAGAUCGUCGAAAAUGAAAAAUAUACAGAAAUGGAAGUGAGUGUGGAUCCCAUGAUGGUGCUUCAAAAUUCUGAAGUCACUUUAUCACCAGAGUAUGAUAACAAUGUUAACGAUGUCACUUAUUUACACGGUCUGGAUACAGAAAAUGUAACAAUAAAGUUAAUAAAGAAAGGCGACAUACAUUCUAUACUUGAAGAUAAUGCAAAGGAAAAACUGCAAUCUAUAUCAUCAGGAUCUCACAACAGUGACGAUGAUGAUAAAGUGAAACCAUUUAAAUGUACUUCAUGUGAACGUAGCUUUUGUACAGAUUUGGCAUUAAAAAACCAUAGUUGGAUUCACCUUCCCGAAAAUAGAGAUGAAAAGCAAUAUACUUGUAAUACAUGUUCAGAAGGAUUUUAUUACAAGUACGAUUUAAUAUCUCAUCUGAAAAAGCAUAGAUCUAAUGGUGUAUGUCAAUUAUGUGGGAGAAUGUUCAGAUCAGAAAAAACAUAUGUUGCUCAUAUGUAUGUGCAUUUACCUUCAAGUAAAUCAUACACAUGCAAAAUCUGUGGCAGAUCCUACAAUACAUGGGGCGGUCUAAAAACUCAUAGUGUUACACAUAGUGCGGAAAGACCCUAUAAAUGUGAUAUUUGUAAAAAGACUUUCAAGAGAAACCAGGAUUUAAAAUUCCAUGUGAACCAACACACUGGGGCAAAACCUUACAAAUGUCCAUUCUGUGACAAGUGCUUUGCAAGUUCUGGAAAUUGUUACUCUCAUAGAAAUCGUAUGCAUCCUGGAGAAAAACAUGAAAGGUCUGUAAGAAGAACUAUUCUCACAGCUGAUGUCCCGGUACUCAGACCAAUUGCUCCCAAACCAAAACCUGCCGAUGUGCCUACACAUAACAAUAUGACCACUGUAAAUGGUGUCGUAAAAUUCAAAUGUCACUUAUGUGAGCAUAGUUUUAUGAAAAAAGAAAACUUCAAUUACCACAUGUAUCAACACACAGGAGAAAAACCUUAUAAAUGUACGAACUGCACAGAAAAGUUUGUAACGAGAAGAGGACUACUCAUACACCACGACAACAAGCACCCUGGACUGAAUCGGCCAUUGGGGCUUAUCUCCAAAAAUAGUUUGCUCAAAUAA